UUUGCUAAUAAAGAAUGCAACCUUCCUGCCUUCGAAGGAAACAAUCAUUAAUCUAAACCAUUUAAUCGUAAAAACCUGAGUUUAUUCUAUUCUCAAAAUAUAACCAUCACUAUUUUAAUACAUUUAUUUUCUCUUUUUUAAUGAUAUCUCGCUUUGGGCUUCUUAUUCCUGAAUUCUAGGACUUCGUCCAUAAGUGCAUUCGUUACGAAACACGUGUUUAUAUAACAAAUAACCUUUGCUCUUUUAACACGACUAGGGCAAGAAUAUGACGUUUUCCUCAAAGAGCAUCAGGAGAAGCCCGGGAGCACUUCUUUUCCCGUUUUAACUCCGGACGCGCAUGCGGAGAUAAUCCUGUUUCUUCCCAGACGUAGGAAGAGAAGAUAAAUAUCGUUCUUCUUCGUCGGCUUGCUCUUAGUCUAUGUUGGAUAGUAAGCACUUUUAUUAUAAGAUUUAUGGGUUUAAUUUAUCGAUUUGGUUAAGGGAUCUUAUGAGAUUAUUUGCAUGAUAGAAUUUGAUUGGUUAUAAUUCUUUACAUCAAUUCAUUCAUCAGUGGCAUAUCCAUGCACUUAAUUUGUGUUAUAAAAUUACGAAGCUAAAGUGUUAGUAUAGAAUAUUACAGACCAGAGGAACUGGAACUGUUUGGUUAUUGGUAACCCUUAAUAGAUAAAUAGAACUUGUUCAGUUUUAAUUGAUUAUAUCCACUUUUUCAUCAGUGAUAAAUCCUUACACUUUAUUUGUGUCAUAAAGUCUUGAAGAAGUGCUUGUAUACUGACUUCAUUUUUUUAUAAUGUAUAAAAAUCCCAUUGGGGAAAUGGAUUAUUGCUUCGACAAAAAUGAAGUGUUUGUGUUCAUUUGGAAAAUUGAAAACUUCAGCUGUCUUUCUCAAAAACGGGGUGAAAAUGUUGCAAGUCCUUAUUUUCACGUGAGAACUCUUGGUCGUUGUAAAUUCCGCCUGCUCCUCUUCCCCAGAGGAUUGCCAGAUGAGGAAAAUAAAGUUCACUGCGAAUUCACCAGGGCACACAGUGAUGAAGGCCCUGAAGUAGUCGACUUUCUUUUGAAUCUAUCAGCAGAGGAGAUGAAGACUUCGCGCAAAACAGGUGUUUUUAUAAAUCGAUGCAUCAGGGGAAGUAAACUCUCGUCAGGACUAUCUAUAGAUCGGCAAAUAAUGUAUGAAAAUGCUCGUCACUAUUUGCCGAACGAUACACUAACUUUUCGGUGUGAAAUAAGUACCAAGUCCAUCAAUCCCGUAUCUUUUGUGAACUGUUACGCUAGAACUUUAGUACGAGCAGAAAGACAUAUUUUUUCGAUUCCUCUUACUUGUAACAAAUUACUGGGCAUUGCCGAGACGCCUGGUCCAAAACAAGAGCACACCAUCGAAUUGCCAUUUCUGUGCAACUUCAAUGGAUUUGGUGAAUUCGAAGUCCUUCUGCGUUUUAAUAACACCCUCCUGUUUGAAAAAAAUGCAGAUAUGGAAGUGCGCAGAGUUAAUUCAGGAAGCAAUCCUGUCAAUCUAAUUUGUAAAAUAUCCGUUCCAGAUGUCAUUGGGGAAUCGAUAGUGAUUCGCCAAGAGCACAAAUUUAAGAAAGAUGAUACCAAAUGGAUUGUGACCUACCCUUUAACUACAUUUAAAGCAAAAUUAAAUCGUCCCGAUUCCAUAAUUGAGUUACGCUGUGAGUUUUGCGCGUCAGAUGGCUCUACAACAUCCUUUCUUGAUCGAGUGAUUUAUCCGCAGAUCAAUGUGAAUAACUCUCCCGAUUUUUUACCGGAUUACGAAUCUGAUGAGUCUAAACUAUUACGAAGCAUGUUUGAAGACAAAACAUUUUGUGAUGUUACAUUAAUGGCUGAAGGCAAAACUAUUCCAGCACAUAAAUGUGUUCUAAGCGUUCGAUCUCCUGUCUUCAGAGCCAUGUUCGAGAGCGACAUGAAAGAAACGCAAACGAGUUCUGUGGACAUAUGUGAUCUGAGUGCUGCUACUUUAAAUCACAUGUUGACGUUCGUGUACACAAAUAAUGUGGAUUUGGCCUCGAUUGAUGUGUCAGAACUUUACGCAGCCGCUGAUAAAUAUCAGAUUCUCGAUUUGAGACAGUAUUGUUCUAACUUUUUCAUAGAAACCUUAACCGUUAAAAAUGUUUGCGAUGUUUUGGAAUUGGCAGACUUGCAUCAACACCGCGACCUAGAUCGCGCCUUGCGCAAUUUUAUUUAUAAAAAUGCUAAAGAUGUCUUGAUUUCUUCCGCAUGGAAAAGUUUUAUGAAAAAACAUGUCAAGCUAGCAGGUGAAAUAACACAUCAAAUGUGCAUUAAAUUUGCAUAUCAAAUGUGAUCUCCUUUAUUUUAAAAUGUUUGCUGUAGCUGCAUAUAAAAGGAGAGAAAAUACUGAUAGUUCAAGAUUGGUAAUCCUUUUUUUUUCCCCUCUGAAUUUGUUUCACGGAGAAGUAAUAAAAUUUAAUUGAACUGUU